CGAUCUCUCGGCAGUAGCGUUAAGACAGUCCGAGAGAAUGGCUCGCGACGCACGUUUUAACGACGUUUCGUGUUUGGCCCUGGUCAUCCUCCUCCUCGUGCCAUCUUUGCAUGCUCUCUCAAAGAACGAUCUCUACCCUCACAAUGUUCCAGGAACUAAUAUACUCGAGUACGAUACCAAUGGGAUUCUUCAAUCGGUCGAGGCAAUUCUCAAAACGCCGAUUGUCUUUUACGAUAAAGUCUACAAUAACAUAUUCGUAAAUGCAAAUGGCGUCUUAUCAUUUGCACGAGCAAUGCAGAGGUUUUUUAAUAUUGCUUUCCCAUUGGAUGAUCCGGUGAUUGCACCACUCUACACGCAUGUCGAUACGAGAGCAUCAGGAACAAUUUAUUGGGCCGAGACAGAUUCCCCGGAGGUUAUUGCGAGAGCAGGUGGAACGAUACGAAGCACGUUCAAGGAUGCGCUCGAUUUCGAGCCGACCCACGUCUUUUUGACAACUUGGCUGGACGUUGGUUAUUAUAACGAAAAUAACGAUAAGGUUAAUACUUAUCAAGUAGCAAUAUCUUCGAACGGCACACAUUCUUUCGUCGAAUUAUUAUACCCAGAAAAUGGAAUCCAAUGGAUACAAGCAGAGUCACAUCCCAGUGGAUUGCCAGAUGCCAAGGCUCAGGCUGGUUUUAUGAGCGAGGGUCGAAUAACAACGUUGCAAGGUUCAGGCACCGAUCAGAUUCAAAACGUUGACAAAUGGUCGAACAUUAACAGACCAGGUCACUGGGUGUUUCAAGUUGGACCAAUCGCCGAUGGUGAAGAUGUCAAGACACCCGAUAGCAUAGAAGAUACCACAGGUGGUAGCCAAACACCGAGUUGCAGAACAGGUGCGACUACUUGUCACAGUAAAGCAACUUGUAUUGACUAUGAAGUUGGGUUUUGUUGCAGUUGUAAACAGGGAUUCUUUGGAAAUGGAAAAUCUUGUCAACCGAAUGACGUACCACUUCGCGUCAUUGGCCGUAUCUCUGGUACGAUCAACGAAAUUGAAUUUCCGUCGAGAGAUCUUCAAUGCUACGUGCAAACCAAGGAUGGAAGGACAUAUACCGCUUUGUCGAGGGUACCAGAAGAGAUAGGCGCAAGUUUCCAGCUUCUAAGUAAUUUGGGAGGAGUUAUCGGUUGGCUUUUUGCGAAGCCAGUCAGUGAAACAAAAAAUGGAUAUGAGCUCACAGGUGGUUUAUUCAAUCACACGUCCGAGAUUCUCUUUACCUCUACUAACGACAGAGUGACCAUACGAAAUAAUUAUCAGGGAUUGGAUGUCUUUGGACAAUUGAAAAUGGAAGCAGAAAUAACAGGAAAAUUACCGUAUUUGGAACCAGACACUAGACUCGAGUGUGGUGAUCACGACGAAGUUUACACGAGAUCGCAGCCUGGAAUAUUGCGUACUCAGAGUGAAAGAAGUUGUAAAUUGAUCAAUGGACACUCUGAACGCGAAUUGAUUUUCACGCAGGAUCAAACAAUCGUUUACAAUGAAUGUCCAUAUGCUGAGAAUGAUCCGGAAGAAGAUACGACUAGAUUGAAAUUUUACAGAGGUGUCACUACUUAUGAGGCAAGAGAAGGGAUAAUAAGAUUUGCUGUUAACACAAAGAUCGCACCUUUGGAAGAAGAGGAUCCAUGUAUUCAAGGUAGAGAGACGUGUGGAGAACAUAGUUCUUGCGUCGUUGAUGAGGAUAGCUUCAAGUGUGUCUGCAAUCCUGGAUAUCAGUACCUUUACGAAGAAGAUGGUAGCGCCAUUUGCGUGGACGUGAACGAAUGCAGUGCUGGUAAUCACAUGUGUUCUCCUGAUGCUCAGUGUAUCAAUCAAGAAGGAAGUCAUACUUGCCAUUGUCGACCUGGUUUUUCGGGAGACGGUCGAGUUUGUGAAAAACUUCCUUCUUGCAAAGAUAUUCGUUGUCAAACGUACGAACUAUGUGUGAUAAUAGAAAAUACACCGACUUGUAUUUGUACUCCUGGCUUCGAUCAAACCGAUCAAGGCUGUUACCCUGUUCAACAUAUUUCCUGCGAUAUCGAGGACAAUUGUUCGCCUAAUGGCAUGUGCAGUUUCGAUGGGGAUAAGCAAAAGCACGUCUGUAUUUGCUCGGCUGGUUAUAUCGGCGAUGGAUACAAUUGUUAUUCGGAAAACGAUACAAUAACCGAGGAACCACCGCAACCGCAGUGUUUGAUAGAAAUGUGUUGGUGCCCACAAGGAUGGAGAUUCCAAGAUGACAAUUGCAUCAAAGAAGAGGAGGGUUAUACAACCGUUGACUAUAUUCGAGAUUUAUCGGCACGUCCACUUCCGGAAUGUUUCGAGGACGACUGCGUAUGUCCAUGGGGAUACGAUUAUGAUCACCGAGACGAGAUUUGCAUUCCUAUACCAGGAUUCAACCACGAUACAAUGGGUCCAACUGGAUUUCACCCAUCAUGCAACGUCGUGAACAGAUGUCAUCCCUAUGCUCAGUGUGUCUACGUACCGAACACAGGCGAUUACGAGUGUCGUUGCAAUCCUGGAUACGAAGGUGACGGUAUGGAAUGCACGAAAACAGAGGUGUCCUGUCUGGAAGUCGACAUAUGCGAUCCAAACGCUUCAUGCCAACACGAGGAACCCAUCGCAAAAUGCGUCUGCAAUCCUGGAUACGAAGGCGACGGGACGACCUGCAGUCCUAUUGACGAGUGCAACGAUAAUUCGGAUUGUUUGAAGAACGAGAGAUGCACGUAUAAUCCAACGAGUUCUCGCUACGAAUGCACCUGCAAUGUAGGUUUCAGCAUGGUCGACGGUCAAUGCGUAGUAGCGGAUUGUUCGACGAAUCCAUCGCAAUGCCACGUUAAUGCUCAAUGUGUUUCCACCGGUGACGGUGGCUAUAAAUGUGUUUGCAUCGCUGGAUAUCACGGUGAUGGUGUACGACAGUGCGUCGAAGAUCACAUUGGUUGUAAUGUCGUAUUCAAUUGCGGAAGAAAUGCAGCGUGUGGCUAUAACCAGACGUCGACGAAUUACGUUUGCAUCUGUCAACCGGGUUAUUACGGUGAUGGUUUCACCUGUUUACCUCAGUCAUCCUGCAGACAAGAUUCAAACCUUUGUUCUUCGGAUGCAAGUUGUGUAUCAGCUGGAGACAAUAAAUUUGCUUGCGUUUGCAAUGAUGGCUUUACCGGUGAUGGUACUAAUUGUCGACCGAGACCAAAACACGAUGCAAAUUUCCUUUUGGUAAAUCAAGGAAUGGCGACUUUAAGGAUACCAUUCGUACCGACUUCUGAUAAUUUAGGAAGUCCGAUACACAUAGCAUACACACAAAUGUCUAUCGCAUUGGACAUCGAUUGUCUCGGUGGAAGGGCUUAUUCGAGUGAUAUUACUGGUAACAGAAUACUUGAAUUGACUUAUAACGGUUCGAUCGCCAAUGUAUUCAUCGACAAGGUCAGCAGUCCCGAGGGAUUGUCGAUCGAUUGGGUCUCAAGGAAUAUCUUUUGGACAGAUUCAGGAAAAGCCACCGUUGAAGUGGCCAGUCUCGAAACGAAAAAACGUAAAGUCCUUGUCUCGGAUGGAUUGGUUAAUCCUCGGGGAAUCGCUGUGCAUCCGUAUCAGGGUAAAAUAUUUUGGUCCGAUUGGAACCGUGCCUCACCGAAGUUAGAAUGGGCUAAUGAAGAUGGCACAGGCAGAGCGAUCUUCCUUCAAGGAGAUUACGUUAAGUUACCAAAUUCAUUAAGUAUCGAUUGGGCGACUGAUGAACUUUGUUGGGCCGAUGCUGGAACUUUCACGAUAACUUGCAUCGAAAUCGCUAACAAAGAAGUGAACGUGGUAGCGAAGGACCUGAUUUAUCCCUUCGGCUUGGCAAUCUCUCAGAAUCAUUAUUAUUGGACCGAUUGGAAAACGCACAAGAUCGAGCAGGCUUUGAAGAGCAACGAAGAAAGACAACCAGCUAUAUCGAUCCCACCUGGUGGAAACGGUAAACUAUAUGGAAUUGUGGUUGUUCCGGAGACGUGUCCCCAAGUCACGAACGUCUGCCAAUAUGAAAAUGGAAUGUGCAAUAAGGAUCAGCUCUGUUUGCCUGAUGGACAAGGAGGGAGGACGUGUGCUUGUGCUGAUGAUGCUACAGGACCUUGCACGGAUACUAAUUAUUCUUCGUAGUAGUAUUCUCAAGAGAAAAAGGAAGAACGAGAGAGCGAGCGAGCGAGAGAGUGAGUGAGCGAGAAAGUGAAAGAGAAGGAGAGAGAGAGAAGAAAAAGAAGAAGAAAAAGCGAGAGAGGGAAUACUAAUGUUCGACAGUAACGAAGCUAUGAUAGCAUCUCGAUGGAGUUUGCGAGAGAAAAAAGACGUUUCAGAGAUAAAAAAGGAAGAAAAAGAGAGCGGGAGAGAGAGAGAGAGAGAGAGAGAGAGAGGGAGAGAGAGAGAGAGAGAGAGAGAGAGAGAGAGAGAGAGAUAGUAGACGUUCAAAGUAUCUAUUUUACUAUUAGAUAGUGUGUAAAUUAUAAAACAUUAUUUUUAAUAUUAAUUAGACUUAUUAUCAUUCGACAUAUUUGAAGUAACAUACUCUCUUUUACUUUG